GUAUUUUCUACCAGUUGUCCUUCGUAUUUGGAAACACCCGACGAGACUUCUUUUUUUUCCAUUUGCAAAAAAAUAUCCAUAAAUGUCUUUAAUAUCCGGAUUAGUAAUUUCUCAAUUGCUCGGUAUAGUGAUUCUGCUGGCGAGUUGCGUGUACCUUUAUUUCAAAUAUGUUAUUUUCGAAUAUUGGCGAAAAAAAGGAGUAAUUCAAGUGGAACCGUCAUUCCCUUGCGGAAAUUUGUCACCGGUUGUCCUCGGAAAAUUGUCAGCGGGUGAACUCAUCGCGAAUGCAUACAGUCAGCAUAAGAAAAGUCCCUUUUUCGGAACUUACACCUUUCACAAGCCUAGAUUAGUGGUGAAUGAUCCCGAUUUGAUUCGAUUUGUUCUUACUAAGGAGUUUGCGCACUUUCAUGAUCGCGGAUUGUAUUGCAACGAGGAGAUCGAUCCUCUGUCUGGACAUUUGUUUUUCUUAUCUGGAAUAAAAUGGAAAAAUCUGCGUGGCAAGCUGACGCCGACUUUCACUUCCGGCAAACUGAAGCGCAUGUUCAGUACCAUAAAGGAUUGCGGUGAUCAUCUGGGACUCUAUUUGGUGAAACAUGCUCGAAAUCGGGAAGAGGUUGAGAUAAAGGACAUUAUUGCCAGAUUCUCUACGGAUAACAUAAUGUCCACAGCAUUUGGCAUAAGCUGCAAUAGUAUUGAAAAUCCAGAAAGUGAAUUUCGAAAAUGGGGUCGUAAAAUAUUCGAAUCGAGGCCGAUUUUCAAUGCCAUCGUUGUUUUCGCCCCAAAUAUUUUGGAUUUCUUUUCCAUACCAUUUACGGAUAAAGGAGUGAACAAUUUCUUCACGCGCAUCUUCAAGGAGACUGUGGAAUACCGUGAAACGAAUAACAUUGUCAGGAAUGACUUUAUGGAUUUGAUUAUGCAGCUGAUGCACAAGGGUUACGUAGACGAGGAUAAAAAUAAUAAGGACGACAACGAUGCGAAACCUGUACCUAUCACCGAAUCCAAGGAUGGCAGAAUCAACAUAUUGGAAGCUGCCGCGCAGGCCUUCGUCUUCUUCGUAGCUGGAUUUGAAACUUCGUCUUCAACCGUGGCCUAUUGUCUUUAUGAGCUUGCUCUGCAUCGCGACAUCCAAGAGAAGGUGAGACAGGACAUAGACGCAGGAUUACAAAAAUGCGGUGGACUCACUUAUGAGAGUUUGGCCGAGAUGACUUACCUACAUAAAGUUGUGUCAGAGACCCUCCGGAAGUAUCCAACCGUCCCCAUACUCAAUCGAAUUUGUACCAAGGACAUAGAACUCCCAGGCACCAAUGUGGUUAUUCCAAAAGGAUUGGAUGUGAUGAUUCCCGUUUUAGGGAUUCAAAGGGAUCCUUCCAUAUAUCCUGAUCCUGACAAAUUUGAUCCUGAACGGUUCAACGAAGAGAAUAUCGCCGCUCGCCAUGCUUACACCUAUCUACCCUUUGGCGAAGGACCAAGAAUAUGUAUAGGUAUGAGAUUUGGAUAUGCUCAAGUGAAAGUGGCACUGAUAAGUGUUUUAACGAGAUAUCGUUGUAAGCCUGGUCCAAAGACGCCUGAAAAACUUAUUAUGGACCCAGGAAAUUUCAUACUGCAAGCAAAAGGUGGCAUACAUCUCGUUAUCGAACCACGAUAACAUAUGUCGGUUUAUUUUCAAAAUUCUUUUACAUAUUUAGAAAUCGAUUAAAUAUAAUAUUAUGACGUCACAGAUUA